AUGAAGUCAACUUUUAAAUCAGAGUACCCUUUUGAAAAGAGGAAAGCUGAGUCAGAACGUAUCUCACAGAAAUUCCAAAACAGAAUUCCAGUUAUUUGUGAGAAAGCUGAAAAGUCAGAUAUCCCAGAGAUUGACAAACGCAAGUAUUUAGUCCCAGCAGAUUUGACGGUGGGUCAGUUUGUUUACGUUAUUAGAAAGAGAAUUAUGUUACCACCAGAAAAGGCCAUCUUUAUCUUUGUUAAUGAUACUCUUCCACCAACUGCAGCGCUGAUGUCCGCUAUUUAUCAGGAUCAUAAGGACAAGGAUGGGUUUUUGUACGUUACUUAUUCUGGAGAAAAUACUUUUGGGUCUGUUUAG